AUGAGAAAGAACUUCCCAACAUUCACCUAAGUCAAUUUCGCAGCAUGAUGAUUGCGUCCGAACCCAUCCUAAGAUGGUAUUUAUGUAAAAAUAUCUCGUGAAAGAAUAAUGCAACUCUCUAGCCACGUUAGAUAGGCUCCCAUCCUGUUUUAAGGAGAAAGAACUGUCCUAACAUUCACCCAAGUCUUUCAAAUCUUGCUUUUAAUUUCUCCUUUUCAUCUUCCUUAUACUUGAAUCAGUUUAAUGUACUUAUCCGUCUAUAGGUGCAAGGAAAUGAUUGCAUUGCAAAAGAAGAUUCCAAUUUCCAGGUUAUUUUAACGUGGGUACAAAAGAAUCUGCCUGGUUGUUCAGAAGGAUAAGGAUUUUGACUGCUGUCUAUUUAUAUUCUCAGUCAACAUGAAACCAAAAUCUUGUAUCUCUGUCUGCAUGUUGAGAAAUUUCAGAAAUCAUAACUAUAUAAAUAGCACUUUGAGGCAUUUAGACAAUCAGUGACUAGUAUCUAUUGGUUUCUAAGGCAUGCCUGUUAAGACCUGUAUUCCACUAAAUAUUUCAAGAAUGGAUACUUGGUCUUUGAAAGAGAAAAUUGUGCAACAAAGGAGGUCUCUAUUUGACCAGGGAUAUCUUGAUGAGCAAUUUAUUCAGCUAGAGGAAUUACAGGACGGUGCUAACCCUAAUUUUGUUGAGGAGAUUGUAACCUCAUAUUAUGCUGAUUCGGUUAGACUAAUCCAAAAUAUUGACCAGGCACUAGCAAAACAUCCAUUUGACUUUGAGAAGCUGGACAACUACAUGCACCAGUUCAAGGGCAGUAGCUCAAGUAUUGGAGCUAAGAAAGUAGUACUCGAAUGCUCACAGUUCAGGAAAUAUUGUGCAGCAGGAAUAGCAGAAGGGUGUGUCAAGACAUUUCAGUUGAUAAAGCAAGAACAUGCGAUGUUGAGAGUAAAACUUGAAGCUUAUUUACAUUUGUUGAGCUCAACUGGAAGGACUUAGAGAAAAUACUUGGGCUGCUAUCGUGUAACAUUCAGUAAUAAUGUUGUGCUAAAUUUAGUUGUAGAAGGUUGUAUGUAGAUGAAAUGUUUGUAGUAGUCUCCUAUGACUAAUCAGAGCAUUAUAUACCAAUACAGCAGGAUAAAAGCAGAUUUGUUUCA